UACAAGUAGUCCGAAAUUUGUAUUCAGCUUCAAGCGGUCAAUUAUAAACAAAAAUAAACCUGAAGAAGCAACACUUCCAAAAAAAAGUUAUCGUCCAGUGUAAUUGGACCAGCGAUUAAACCGUGGGCAACCGUGCUGUGGCCACUUUGAUAACCAAUUUACUGGCCCAGUGGUCACCCUGUCACCCGGAUAACGAUUUACUAAGCAGUCCAAACCACCAAAAUGUUUGGCGGCACUGCCGUUGUAGCACGAAGCCCUUUAUAAUUUAAAACUUUAAUUCGUCACAAUAGUGUUCCCUGGAACACAUAUUUGCUUGACAAAACUUUUUUUUUAGCAUAAACCUCCCUUUAAAUUUGACGAUGUAGUUUCAUAAAUGCAAAUCACCCUGCCUUUGCUUGUUACCAGGGAACGUUUGAAGUAAAUGUUCCCACAAUCUGGCAGCGGGUUUAAUUAGAUUCUUACAACGGCUCCGGUAGCAGCCAGAAGUUGAGAAGAAUCCUUCAGCUGUGGCCCUAUGAUUCUGCCGUCACUGAGGUAACUGGUCUAGUUAUCUCACCCUGUCACGCAGGAAAUGGGCCCGGUGAUCACCUCGGCAUCUGGCUAACUGGACCAGUGAUCACUUGUCACCCGGAUAACUCACGCCCGGGUAACUGGUCCAGCGGUCAACCCUCGGACAGGCGUCCUUCCCUGACUAAACACUGCCCCCUGCCGCUCCUGCAGUAAAUGCCCCCUGUUGCCAAAACCGGAGCCGCUAAAGUUUUUAGCAAGGUCCACCUAAACUUUCAGCUCCUUCAGUCAGUUGUCGGGACCACCGGUUCCGUGCGAGCUGCCUCGGCACGGAGCCUCCGCCUUUUUGUACAGGGUUGAGCAUUUCCAGCCGACCUGACCCUGCGUGCACAGGAGGGCGGGAUUUGCCGGGGUGUGCAGGACCUGAUUGCGCCGCCUCAUUAAUCCAGUGGGUGUGGGAUAGAAGGGAGAACAGCCCCCCUCCACCUCCCCAGCCUUGCGCGUCCGACUCCUCGCUGCCAGCAAUCCAUCAACGAGACGUCAAUGACAUUCCUCCGGGGAAGCGACGAACGCGCGCUGCCCUGACCAAGAAAGAGCGAAGGCACCAGGGGCGCAACAUCAGUUGCGUCUUUCUCAUCGCAGCGGUAACUCCUCGCCCCAAACCUUCAUCCGGCACCGAAUCUCUCGGAUAUUUGCAGCACCGGCGCUGAUCCGUUCUGAAGCGGCGGCAGCGAAGUUUGCCACCGGUGUGGGUGCGCGGUGAAGGGAAUUCAGCAUCACCCGUUCAAGUGUGCAGGGAAUGGCCGGGAGCGGGCACGUCAGCUCUUUCAGGGAUCUGCAAAGGUGGAAAGCCUUCCAAGUAACUUUCUUCCUGGUGUCUUUAAUGCCUCUGGUGUGCACUUCAUGGGGGACCGGAUUUCACUACAAGUUCCCAGCUGCUCUGCAAAACAACAAGGAUCAUCAGCACGGAGUUGUGAGCAAUGGGUUUCUCAGUCGAAGGAACUGGUGUCCUUACACACUGACGAAGACGGUGUCCUGCCAAGUGCAGAAUGGGACCUACGUGCAGAGGGUUUAUCAGGGUUGCAGAUGGCCACUGGGGUGUCCCGGUGGGAUAAGUUACAGGGCCGUGAUUCGACCGACGUACAGACUGACUUACAAAACGGUGACGGCCAUCGAAUGGAAGUGCUGUGCUGGAUUCCGAGGGAGCAGCUGUGAGGAAGAAACUGGAAACUACCUGGAAGCCAUGGAUGGCGGACGUCAGAUAUCUCACAUUCGCCGAUUACAAGCAAAAUCAGGAGACCUUUCAAAUUGUUUGAACUGCAGUAAAAUUUCCCAGCUGACAAGUCGUUUGAGUACACUGGAAGCAAAGGUUGCCUUACUAGCAGCUGCAGAGCCAGUGAGCCCUCAGUUCACAAGCCACGGGCACCUCACAGUUAAAGGAGCCCCUGAAGAUGCUUUUAAGCUGCGAGGAGCUCCAGCAGCUCGAGGGGUACUUGGAACUAGGGGGCCAAAAGGUCUAAGGGGUGAACCAGGUAUUCGUGGUCCAUCUGGGGUUCCAGGAGCACAAGGACCUGUCGGGCCACCAGGUCCGCCAGGGCGUCAAGGUCCGACUGGUGCAGCAGGAAUUCCAGGUGCCAGAGGCCUACCGGGACCCCCAGGUCCUCCGGGACCCCCAGGGCCCACAGGACCAUCACGUGGUGACAUUCCUUAUCUAGGAUCAACUGACCUUGGAUACACAUCGACCAACAAUGGUGAUUCCGUCUUGUCAAAUACCUUCACGGACACAGUUGUAACUGGUGUUCGAGGGCCACCAGGACCACCUGGGCCUAUGGGACCUAUGGGUUCACCCGGACCACAAGGACCAAUAGGACCACCUGGGCCUCCCGGAAAAGAUGGGGUGCCUGGACGAGCGGGUUUACCAGGUCUAGAAGGACCUAAAGGUGAAAAAGGAGACCGAGGCCCUUCUGGAUAUCCUGGAGAAAGAGGUUACAAAGGAGAAACAGGGGAGCCUGGAACAAAAGGAGAACCCGGAGAUAAAGGACCACCGGCUGUUAGUUGGCAGAUGUUCCAAGAUCUUCAAGCUGAAUUAGAAGUUCUGGCUAGAAGGGUAACCUUACUGGAAGCCAUCGUGUGGCCAGAACCUGAUCAUGGCUCUGGGGUAGAUCCUUACGCUACCAUACCUCCCAAUUUCUUCAGAGGCAAGCGAGGCAGCUUUGCCGCCUACAAGAUUAUCUCGCACAGGCUUGCACACAAAACUGAAGAAAAGUGACGAAGGACAAAUGUAAAUGUCAGCCAGUGUAAGCAAUGUGGUGCCGCCCUGCAACAGCAGGUGGCAAACUGGGUAAGCAGAUUACCAAGCCGCUGGAACUGUUAUGUUUGUCCUGUGUGUAAUACAGCAACGGACUAACUUGAUUUGCCCUGUUAACUGUGGCGUUUUCCUCUAUGCGUACUGAAAACGAUUUAAAUUCUAGGCUGCUUUCCUAAUAGGAAUCUCAGAGAUAUGGUAUAGAUUAUCACACAUUGGUUCACCACGGUUGGCUAUUCUGUGUGUGUGUGUGUGUGUGUUUUUCUUAAUGUACACAACCUCUGGUGAAUAUUACAUACAGCAGCCUUUGAUGUUUCCUCUCGUUUGAAAAUGUUUACUUUGCCUUUUACUUUGUAUCACAAGUAGAUUAAUGAUUCCAAAUUUCUGUAUAAUCAUUCUAUUGCCAUCACCUGACAUUAUGUACUUCAAUCAUAGUUUAAUUACAUGGAAAAGAUAGUUAUUUUUUAAUGAGACACUGUCCCUUGGCCACCUUCCAUCUUGUUUCACAAGAUUGUUUAAGAUCAUUUCCUGUACACAAGUGUAAGGAGCAUGAAGUAAUUGUUACUCCAAUGCAGCACAAAAAAAAACAGAGAAGAUAAAGAACACAAUAGUAAUAAUAGUUUUGAAAAACAUAAUAAAUAUGAAUACUACACAAGAUAGCUUCUAUACAUUGAUCAAUUGUACAUCCAUAAAGUGACAUUAGGUUGUACGUAAGGUGACUGACUGGAAAUAAUAAAGUAGUGGUGGAGUUAGUGGGUGGAGGUGUUGGUCAGCCUUACUGCUUGGGGAGAGUAACUGUCUUUGUGUCUGGUGGUCCUGGUAUGGAUGGGAGUGGGACAAACAGUCUGUAAGUAAGCGGGGUAUCUCUAAAAAUGCAUAACUGCUGACUGAAGGUAGAAUUGUUCAAUCUUGUUUAUAUUCAGAUUGAGAUAGAUUUGCCCACUGACCUCCUCGUACUCAGGGUAUUCACACUUUUAUUUUUGAAAAUGGAUCUGCCAGCAAUGAUUAGGAUGUAAACUAUUUUAGAUCAAAUGAAACUAUUUUAGAACAAGAACAGAGAUUCACAUUACUUUUCCUCUCUUUGAAGUGUUUUCAUAAGAGCAAAGCACAUAAAUUUGACACUUUGCUGAUAGUGUAAGACUUGGUUUCGGGGUCCACCUCCUCCCAGUCCUUCAACCCUUCAUUAUUUGUGAGUGAAAAUUAGAAUCACAAUGCAUUCAAAUAAUUUUUUUACAACUGGAAUGAAUCUUUGGGAGAUACUUAAAAAAUAGGAUGUGUUUCUUAGGUUAUAUUAAAACUGUUUUGUUGAUAUCCUGUUACAUUAAGAAACUAAGGGAUGGUAAAGGAUUUUUCUAAAGAGCUGUUGCAUUUGUUUUCCCGUGACAAAAAUAAAUACAAUUUAGAAAUUUCAUGCACAACACUAAACUAUGGAUGCCUUAUCGACACAUUAAAGACUGUCUUUUCCUAUCCUAUCUGAACAUUAGAUUUCUGCAAUUUUUAUCUUAUUAGUUGUGUAUUUCUAGUUCUAACAGUUAAAUAUUAAAAUAGCCAAUCAGCAAAACAUAUGGCUAACUUUUACAUCCAUUCAAUACACACCAGGGAAAUGAGGAUUACAUCAAAAUAAAAAGGACAUCUCACCAUAUAGGCAUGAAGACGUACUACAAGUAGUUAUCUCCAGAUAUCUCUGAAUUUGUACUUGAAGGUAGCAUUUCAAUUAUGCUCAUUUAAAUGUGUCUUACUGGUGCUAAGUGUGCAGUGUUUAAUUUUGUAAUUAAAGCAACUUGCGACUCUGAUUUGGUUUGUAUUUGUUUAUCUGCGGAAUUUUGUAUCUUGACUAUGUGCUUUUAAUGCAGGUUGCUCGCGAAAGUAUUCACUUACUCACUAUAUGUACAAUGUGCAACUUAUGGUGCCACUGUGUUUUCACGAUGCAGUUUUUAAGGCGUACAGUACUUACUUCCAUGUACAGAGCAAUGUUUUAUACCACCUAUGACAUGUGUGUCAAAAAUAUUCAUUAAAAGGUAAAUUAAUUCUUUC